AUGGAAUUUGGGACUGCUGUCCAGGCUCUCACCGAUGACGUCGGAAUUUAUAUCUCAGGACGCCUUCGAUACAUCCUACUGCAGAAGGGUGGAAACGACUUUCCCCCGAAGGAAUUCUCCGAGAGUCUGGUCACCGAUUGCGAACAAGUGAUUUCCGUGAUUGUCGAGGCCUGGAGGUCAUCUCCGAUUCAAGUAGAGUGGGACAUUGAGGAAUACAUAAAGGAUGUUGGGAGAUAUCCCCCCGCCUUUCCACCGGAGGAUGAAGUGGUUGAAAGCAAACCGGUGAUUGUGCGCGAUGUCCAGGGAAGUCAUCUUGCUUGGUAUUUACCCAGGGCAAUGUCGGAAGCACUUCAGGCAGGUUGGAAUCAUAAACCCUUUAAUCGGGUUUUGUUUGCUUUGGAGUCCCUUCAGCCCUACUUUGCCUCAUCACCCCCUGUCUCCAGGAAAUCUUGGAGAAACAACAAAGCCUACUUCCGGGGUUCUGAAGCCUCGGUAUUUCCGCCAGGAAUUUAUGACAGGACUUCCCUGGGAGCUUCUGCGGCCUUGAAGAAGAACUCCGCAGGGUCGAAGCGUUUCCUCCGAGAUAUCCUUGAGUUCCAGGCCCUGAUUGGCGGAAUCAUUUUCGUCUUACACCCUGCGCAGUACGCGAUAAUGCGAGGCGCACUGGUCCGAGCAGCAAGUCCCAGUCUACAAAUUGCCCCAGGUGAAACGAUUGAAGAUUGGGAGUUGUAUCAGGAGAUCAUCGGUACUUGGGCCAGCUGUUUUACUGGUUUGUCAAUAAUCAGUCAAAGGGAAGCCCCGUUCCAUCGUGACGGAAGGUCUCCACCCACUAUGUUCGAUGUACUUGCAACAUUUGGUAAAGUGGUGGACCCAGACAUUCGAGCGGAACUCCCGGGCAUCGGCAUUCGAUUUCAUUAUAAUCCCGGAACCAUUCUUGCAGUUCUGUCAAAAGCAAUCAGACAUGGGGUGUCUAUUUCCAAGGAGCCCUGA